CACUUGUAUGUCUCUCUCUUUCACUGUGACUGUCAGACCAGGGCUGGGACACCACUGUAAGUUUCUCUGUAAUGAGCUCUGUGCUGCAAUUUGCUGUAUUUACUGCGCUCAUGGGACUGUUUCUGGCCAGAACCAUGGCCUGGACUUCAAGUGGGAAAACACAUGCUGAGCUUAUCAACAAUCUUUACAAAAAUGGUGUGAUUAAAUCUGAGAGAGUCUUUGACGUGCUACUGGCAACAGACAGAGCACACUACAUCAAGUACUACCCAUACAUGGAUUCACCGCAGUCAAUAGGAUACAAGGCUACAAUCAGUGCACCCCACAUGCAUGCUCAUGCUCUGGAAUUACUGAAGGAUCAGCUAGUGGAAGGAGCAAAGGCACUGGAUGUGGGAUCAGGAAGUGGAUAUCUUACAGCUUGCUUUGCAAGAAUGGUGGGUCCCACAGGGAAGGCAGUGGGCAUAGAGCACAUUGAAAAGCUGGUCCAUGAAUCCAGAAGAAAUGUCGAAGAAGAUGACGCAACCCUGCUCACCUCUGGCCGUAUGAAACUUGUAGUUGGAGAUGGUAGAAAGGGAUAUCCUGAAGAAGCCCCUUAUGAUGCCAUCCAUGUUGGAGCGGCAGCACCCACUGUACCAAAGGAGUUGCUAAAUGAAUUGAAGCCAGGAGGUCGGUUGAUCUUGCCAGUGGGUCCUGAAGGUGGAAACCAGGUUUUAAUGCAGUAUGACAAAACUAAUGAUGGGCAAAUUGUGGAAACACAACUGAUGGGUGUGAUCUAUGUUCCUCUGACAGAUAAGGAGAAGCAGUGGCCUCGGGAUGAAAUCUGAGAGAUUGAUAUCACUUAUGAAAUAACCUCGGAAAACAGAUGAACCAGUAUCUGAAAAAAAGAACUGUAGAUGUGUAUGGCUUUGCUUUUUAAAUGGAAGUUCUGCUUAGUGGACACAUUGCAAAAGCAAGUGUUCCUUUUAAGAAUUCAAAUUGGAAGGGUGAGGGAGGAAGAUUCCUCCAGAUCAAGUAGUGGCCAAAUUACCAAGCACUGGAGCCCUUGUCUGAUCUCUUACUCGAUACCCAUGUUAAAACAGAGUACAGCUGUUUGUUUGCUCGGCCAUGAAUAAAAUAUCUGUGUAAAUCAAGAAGAGGUGAGUGCACAAACAGGUAGAUAUGAAUUCUCAAAUCUGUGUUGAACUUGAUUGUGAACUGUAUUGCAUUCUUGACUUCAUCUAAUGCUUGAAGAAUUACAAAAUGUCUUGAUACUUUAGAGGUUAUAAAUGUAUCCAGUGCAACAAGCAAGCUCUCAUUUGUCAUUUUAAUCUCCUACAUUAAAUGUGGUUUGCUUCCGAGGAUACCACGUAGUUCAUCUGCUAUAGCAAUGCCAGGUCCUUCCAAAACUAGGACUUGAUGUGAACAGCCCUAUAUACUUAUUUAGAGUUGAGAAGGUAUCCUAAGGCUUGUGAAUUAAUCACUUUGCACCUGUUUUGUGCCUUGCUUUAUUUCACAAAGGCUUUAUGUUCCCAGGAACCAAAAUGUGUGAUAUGACAAGCAUGAGGUAGGGUUGCAACUUUCCUUUAACUUGCUGCUGUUUGAAGUUUCUUUGUAACGUGGGGAUAUUUUUGGAAUCACUAAUUUAAUAAACCAGUAUUAAUUACGA